AUGUCUGGCUUUUUGACUGAUGCUGACCUAGAACAUAUUAUGAAUUUACCCGAUAAUGAGUUCAAUGCAUCCAUUGAUGUCCCUGAUGGGGAUAUAUCAGAUGUUGGGGACGAAGAUAAAGAUGAAACUGUCGAAACUGAUGAAAGUUCUCAAGCUAUUUCCGAAGCAGCUGUCAUGAAUUUCAUUCAGAUGGUGGAAAAGGAGGAUGGAACUGAAAUUUCGGCAAUUAGAGAGGAGCAAGAGAUAGAAUAUGAAUUUCCAAAGGCUGUUGUGGUCAGGAGUGGUAAAGUUAUUGAUUCUCAACCAAAAUCAGAUGUAAGCGACAACAAUACAAAUGAAGGAGUGUACUGCCUGCCAUCGGGUUCCCCUAAAUGGCAGGCAACACCGCAUAACAGCCACGCUAUGAGGGAAACAAACUGACAGCCAAACAGGCGAAGACAUCAGGUAAACACGCCAAAGAUUCCAGUCGAUUAAUAGGAACCUUUCCUUGCAGAGGUCGCCGCGACAUAUCUGGCCACUGAUUCCUACGCCAGGUUUCUAUUGGCUCCAGCUCACUAUAUAGGCCCGGCCGGUCGAAGGCAGACCAGUCUUCGUCCGCUGUUAAUGGCAACCGCUAUAGCAGAG